AUGAGUGAAAUUGUGGUUUGCGGAUCGCUGAACUAUGACUUGGUUACUUUCACCCAAAGACUUCCUGACGCUGGCGAGACCAUUACUGCAGGGAAGUUCGAGACUCACGCAGGCGGAAAAGGCCUGAAUCAAACGGUGGCCAUCAGAAAAUUGCUGGCGCAAAAUGAACAUGUAGAUGUGGCGAUGAUAGGCCACGUCGGGGACGACUCGUUCGGAAACGAAUUGAAGAGCCUAUUGAGAGAAAACGACAUUGGUGUGGACCGGGUGAUUAGUCUGGAAGGUGUUAAUACGGGCGUGGCAACCAUUUUGGUCGAGCAGGAGUCAGGUCAGAAUCGAAUUCUGUUGUCUGAAGGCGCAAACGGGCAUACAGACUUUUUGGAGUCGGAUUUAAACCGCCUUUUCCCAUCGAGGGAAAGGCCGCUAGAUCGGGCCACGAAUCAUUUUGUAGUUUUCCAGAAUGAGAUACCUGGAACGGUCUCCAUUAUGCGGUGGAUAGUUGCAAACAGGCCCCACUUUAAAGUUGUAUACAACCCCUCCCCAUAUCGAGAACUCUCGAAAGAAGAUUGGAGCCUCGUUGAUAUCCUGGUUAUAAAUGAAAUUGAGGCACUACAGGUCCUGCGCUCCAUCUUUUCGGUGCACGAUGUAGCAGCGUUCGAAAAUAUGGUCCGGAAAGAUGUGUUGGAAGGCUACAAGCUAGUGGUGAGUCGAUUGGGCACGAUGCUGAACAAGAAACAGUCUUUGGGGGCUGUAAUUAUCACAUUGGGAGAAAAGGGCGUUGUAUUUGCCUCUCAAGAUUCACCAGAUGUCAAAUACACAGCAGCUUGCCACGUACCACAAGUUAUAGACACUACCGGUGCCGGGGACACCUUUUUAGGUGGCGUUGUCUCUCAACUAUGCACUGAUCAUACUUUAGAGGAGGCCAUCGGCUUCGCUGUGAAGGCGAGCUCACUGAGUAUUCAGAAAACUGGUGCUGCAGAGAGUAUCCCAUCUUUCCAGGCGGUAACCGAGGUUCCUUGA